UACCCACAAUGCAGAAACAAGUUUUGCUAUCGAUUGGUGCUACUUCAGUUAUAAAUAUAGCGGGAACGCGUAAGCGAGUGUAUUUUGUGUGCAACGGAAGUGGAAAAAAUUACGUUUUAACAGUCGUAGAACAUUGGCAUAGAAAAAGAAAGUCAAUAGUCAAGGACAUGUAUAACGAAAUAUAACGUUUAUGUAAACUAAAACACCAUCACCUUAACACCCGGAAUAUAAAACAUAUUGGAUCGUAUAUCAUGGCUGUGGUACAACAGUUGUUCGCUGUUGUUUUGUUCUUCGUUGUGAUUACUGUGUCCUUGGGCGGAAUUCUGAAGAAGUAUGAAGCGGUUAUGAAACAGCAAUCAUUGGAAUUAGGUUUAUACAAUUCCAGCGACAAAGUGGUUAUAUUGUCCAAUGUGAACCUCAAAGAAAUCGUGCUGCAGCAAAAUCAUUCUUCUCUAGUGGAAUUCUACAAUAGCUACUGUGGGCACUGCAAACGUUUUGCGCCAACAUAUAAAAAACUUGCUGACGAAUUGUAUCCAUGGCGGAGUGUAUUACGGAUAUGUGCAAUUGAUUGUGCAGCAGAGGAGAACAAUGAAAUAUGUCGCGAAUACGAAAUAAUGGCGUAUCCGACAAUGCGUUACAUUGGACCACAUUUCACUGCUGGUCCACAGAAUUAUGGUACGCCUUUGGAGACACAAAAUUUAAACGAAAUCAAAAACAACUUAGCACAAUGGUUAGUGGCCGAAAAUCGCACUUCCAACAUAACGAAUUGGCCGAAUUUUCAACAUGUGACCGAGAGUGAUGUUGACACAUUAUUUGAAGGUUUGGGUAGCCAGAAGGAAUACGUGAUAGUUGUUUAUGAGCCAGAAAACUCAACUAUAGGAGUUGAGACAAUAAUAAAUUUUCAACGUUGGUCCAAUGUGCAAGUGAGACGCGUUACUGAUAACGAAAUUGCAGCAAAACUGAAAAUCGAUAGUACAAAAUAUAAGAUAGCCACAAUUGAUCGAAAGGGUAACAUAGUUCCUUAUACAAGCUCGGCUGACACAUCAAAAGCUUAUACCGAAACUAUAAGUAGUUUCCUGAAUGCACAGCACUUCACUGAGCUACCAGAAGUGGUCAGCAGCACAGCAGCGAAUCUUCUACUACUAGCAGAAAGGCAACACGAAAAUGAAGAGAUCGUCAAAGAAGUGAAGAAAAACAAGCACUUAGUGUAUCAAGCUGAUCUUGAAAUGGCAAUUCGUGGCACCAUUUUCAAUGAAGUGUCUAAAGUGGGUGAGAUAUCAAACGAUCGUUUGCUUGCUUUGCAACGAUUUCUGGCAGUCUUGAAUCGUUAUAAUCCACUAGGAGCUAAUGGCAAAAUUUUCAUCACAAAAUUAUAUGAGUAUGUGAUGCAAUUCAAUCAGCAAUUAAGUGGCAAAGAUUUCGAAAAUGAAGUGACAAAGUUGGAGUCACAAUAUAAACCUAUAUUUUCAGCAAAUCAUUACGUGGGUUGCACCGGUUCUCAGCCAAGCACGCGUGGCUUUACAUGUUCAGUUUGGCAGUUAUUCCAUUACUUGACUGUACAAGCAGCACGCACUGAAAUCAGUCAGGAUCCACUGGAAAUUCUACAAGCUAUGCAUGGAUACAUAAAACACUUUUUCGGGUGCACUAAUUGCGCUGAACAUUUCCAAGCAAUGGCAACAAAACGAAAAAUCUGGAGCACACCGAAUAAAGACGAUGCAGUACUAUGGUUAUGGGCAGCACAUAAUGAAGUGAAUAAUCGUCUCGCUGGUGAUUCUACAGAAGAUCCACUAUUUCCAAAAAUACAAUUUCCUAGUCAAUCAAGCUGCAGUGGUUGUUAUAAACAGCCGAUCUCUCCUGCUACAAUGGAAACGAAUUGGGACAAAAACGCAGUUUUGAGUUUUCUUAAAAAUAUUCACAAUCCAGAAUACAUCAGUCGUUAUGGUGUAGAACACGAGGAAUUACUUCAACCGACUAUAGAAAAACUAAGACAAAAGCGUAUGAUUGGCAAUGUAUUUUCCGAUAUGGACAUGCGAAUGGGUAUGCUGCUCUAUGUGUUCUGUAUUGGUAUGAUGGUGAUAGCAUUUAAAUUGUUCGCAUUCAAAGGAUACAGAAAGAAGCCAUAUGGACACGAUUUAUUAGGAAAAGUUUAACAAGUAUAACUUUAUUGUAAUAAAUUAUUAAAUGAUAUGUGCAACAAGGUUUUUGGAUGAAAAAGACAAGAGCAAAGAAUUUGCUCCAAAUUAAUUAAUAAUUAAUUCCAUAUCUAAUAAUUGUAACUAUUCCAUUUCAAAUAAUUGUAAUUAUUCCAAUUGUAAUAAUUGUACAGAGAUUAUAUGACGUCUAGAGAUUUUUUAAUGUUCUUUAGUGAAUUUUAUAAAUAUUUUAAGUGUGUUGAAUGUAAAAAUUUUGUAUGCUUUUAUU